AUGUCAGGCAAGUCGGACAUGGGGGAAAUCACCAGCUUCGAUAAGGCCAGGCUGAAGAAAACCAAGAUGCAGGAGAACACCCUGCCAACCAAACAGACCAUUGAACAGGAAAAGAGUGAAAUCUCCUAG